GUAAAUCCAGUACCAUCGAAUGCUGCAGCAUUCCCUUUGCCAUUCUCACGUUGUAAGGCGGCCCGUACCGUCCAUAUGACAACAUAUCCCAGACGGAACGCUGGUUCGUACUUUAAAAUGAGCCCGCUGCAGGAGUCGACUCUUCUACCUCGCUCCCGAGUCGAUCCCCCCAGCAUACAUGAACAUCAACGUUGAUACCCGGCCCCUGCUACCUUUUGUGCCCUAUGUGCUGCUGCAGAAUGGCCUGCUAGGUUGUCUUGUCGCCACCCGCAUCCAGUGGCGCGCCCGGGUGGUCGCCUUCCUUGCCUACGCCUCCAUCCUUACUUCUGUCUUCCUGUACACCACCGGAGACGCCCAAAAGAACUAUUCAAUCGGCUGUACAGUAAUGGGACACACCUUGACGGCGUUCCAUCUCCUUUGUUUAUCCGACCCCUUGAACGACUUCCGCCACGAACGCGACAAGAUCCCUCCCAGUGAGAUGUCCUAUGCACGUCGGGUGCAUUGGGCCUUUUGCAUCAUCUUCAACUUUCGCGGAGUUGGCUGGACCUAUCAGGUCGCCAACGUCCCUCCGCGCUCGAGCGAGGGCAAAUGGACGUUCGUGCGCCAGAAGCUGCUGACCGCGUUCCGGUGGUUCCUCCUCGUCGAUUUCACGCAGGCAUACCAACGCGCCCACCCCCUGUUCUCUCGGCAGGCAGCGGACAUCUUUUCGCUCGCGACACAAGGCUACGUCCAGCGCUGCAUCAACAUCUUUGUGCGCCUCAGCAGCCCCGUCGCGCUUAUCGGCCUGCAAUACGCGCUGCUCGCGGCAAUCGUCGUCGCGCUGGGAAUCUCGGAGCCAGGGGACUGGCCGGACAUGUAUGGACGGUGGUCCGACGCGUACACCGUGCGCCGCUUUUGGGGACGCACUUAUCACCAGAUGAUCAGACGGUUCACGGCGUCCAUCGGGAAGGCUGUCUGCCGCAUGCUCGGUCUGCAGACGGGCUCGCGCGCGUCUUCGAACACGCAGCUCUAUGUCGGCUUUGCCGUCUCCGGGAUCAUGCACUGCGGCGGGGACCUCAUGGUGAGCCGCGCGCUGCUCGGAUCGUCGUUCCCGUUCUUCUUCGCGCAGGCCGUCGCGAUCUCGCUCGAGGAUGCGGUCAUUCACGCGGGAAAGGGCCUCGCGCCGGAGACGAAGGGCGCGCGGGCGGCGCUGCGGUGGGUGGGGUAUGCGUGGGUGUUUGCGUGGCUGAGCGUGUCGGCGCCGUGGUAUCUUAACUGGUCGAUGCGUGCGGGUGUCAUCGAUACGAGGCGCGUGCCGUUCUCGCUUAUAGGCCUGGUGGUGCCUGGGUUUGAGAAGGCGUUGGUGCGGUGGCUUGGUGGUAGUGCCAGCGUGUAAUAAAGGAAGGCAGCGAAUCGAGAAGCAAUUGCCAGCCAGAUGCACCGGUGCAGACGCAGGUGUGAGGAGGAUGGAUUUGGGAUUAGGUGCACGGCCUUGUUGGUUGCGCUUCGCUCUAUUCAGUUCGCGGGAUUGGUAAGUUCGUCAGCAUGCCAAGGUUUAAAGAGGUGCAUAAAUGGGAUGGUGAAUUUGAAACCACGAAGGUUUGGAAGUACCCAUUCCGUCUGCUAUUCGGAGCGAUAUCAACAUGGGAAUUAGGCGAUUCGCCGUGAUCGACUGCAGUCUGCAGACAGGGGUUAACGUUAAGCAGUCCCAUCGUAUCUUGCGACGAGGGAAAUAGAAAUACC